AUGACGAUGUUCGGUACUUUGGUACAGAGGCUGACGUCCCCCGUGACGUCGCCAACUUCGUCGAGAAGACGUUUCAAAUCACCGUCCCGAUGGGAAGUUCAGAGCGAUCCGGAGGACGAGGUAGCGCCAGUCAGGAAAUCGAGGGCCAAGCAUCUACUCGACAAACGUAAGAGCAAGAGUCGGGCACGCGGACUCAACAUAAGCGAACCUCAGCCCUGCACCGCCUCCGUAAACGCCGCCGCCUCCCCAGCUUCCGGUUGGCACGAGGUCGCUUUUCCACCCCUCAGGGGCACCAAGAGCCUCGGACGACUCGACGGCAUGAAAGAGGUGCAGAGGCUCGCGGAAUACGAGAGGUACCUUGGGCAGGAGGCCCGAAACGUUGUGGAGAACGGAAAUGGAGUAGGAAGCGCAGCGGUCCUACAACGGGGUCAACUGGAGGGUGAUCUUCACCGAAUCCAGGAACUCUUCCCCGGGGACAAUCUGCGCCUCCACGAGCGAGAUGUUCUCACUACGAAAAUGAAAAACUUGAUACGCAAGCGGACUAAUGGUAGCACUGGACGGCUGACGAGGGUACUUUCACAAAAGUGUCUGAACUCGGCGAAUGGCGCUCCAGCUCCAAAGUCACCACCGAGAACCUUUCUGCUGGAAACACCUGUACAGUUUACCACCGGAAUGCAGUCCCAGGAGAGACACUUGUUCCUCUUCUCGGAUCUCCUUCUGAUAGCGAAAGCACGAAGUGGCGGUAACUUCAAAUUGAAGCAGUCUGUCCGCAUGAGCGAACUCUGGUUAACGGCCGGUCAUAUCGAGGAUGUUGCCGAGUCGAACAAGUCUCAGGAUACGAGCUUCGUCCUGGGAUGGCCAACGACGAACGUCGUAGCGACUUUCAUGACCGCUGCAGCUAGAGAUUUGUGGUGGGGACGGCUUACGGAACUCGUGAGAGAGGAGAGCAUGAAGGAGCCUCCAGACACGAACAUUCAAGUCGUUUACCACGACAGCGAUACCAACACGGAAUAUUGCAAGACGAUCAUGGUUGGGCCAGAGAUGACCGCAGGCGCGUGUGUCAAUCUAGCAACGCGUCUGCUGGACCUCCAGGGACCGUUCCAGCUUUGGGCUAGAACGUCAUCGGACGAGUCCCCGUACCCGUUGAUCGGACAUGAAAGACCGUUCGCCAUCAAGUUGUCAAACCUGCGGCACACGAUAUCGGCAGAGGAGGGCUUCGACCUGGAACACUGCAACAAAAGCGGCCACGACAACUGCCACUUCAUACUGAGACCCGUUCUCAAGUCCCCGAUAAAGAAGAACAAGUCGAAGAUCUCCGGCCUCUUGAGGAGAUCGCUCUCCCUGAACCCCAGCAUCUUCGGCGUGAAUCUUUCGAGGCUCGACGAGAACGGACUGCCGAAACCCGUGCUCGUAAUGCUCCAGCAACUGUUUGCAAAGGGCCCCUUCACCCAGGGAAUCUUCCGGAAAUCAGCCAACGUCAGGAUAGUCAGAGAACUCAGGGACCAAAUCGAGUCGACGGGGGAUCCGAGCUGCCUCGAAGAUGCCCCUGUGAUCGCGGUCGCGGCACUGCUCAAGGACUUCCUGAGGUCACUGCCCGACCCCCUACUGACGUCACACCUGUUCCCACUCUGGAUGGCGAGUCUGGACACUGCUAACUCCGUACAAACCAUAAAAAGCAUUUUGGACCGUCUACCCAAGGCCAACUAUACCCUCCUCUCCCACUUGAUAUGCGUUUUGCAUCACGUUGCCAGACGGUCGAAGCACAACCUGAUGUGCGCUAGUAACCUCGGCGUCUGCUGCGGACCCAGCCUCCUUUGGUCUCCCAGCCCAUCCGUUAAUCAAAGCAGGGCGAUACCGGCGCUGACCGAAAUGCUCAUACGCCACUGCGAGACCCUCUUCGGCGAAGGAGUCACCCAACUCCUUGGCGAAGAGAGGAGCGACAGCGGUGCCGAGGAAAGCACCGAUAGUCUACACUCAGGUGGUCUUUCGUUGGACAGUUUAGACCUGACGGAACCGCCGCGAAAGGAUCACAUGUCGUUGUCCCGGGACUCGGGUCUCACCUUGUCGGACUGUCAAUUGUUCAUCCCAGAGUCGCCGGUCGGUUCGGAAGAUUCGACUGUGAACGCGUCGACAUCGAGCUUCGACAAGACCAUGAUAAAGGAGGACAAGUCGAGUAAAUCUUACGUGCGAGUUUACAGUGGCUGGGAGGAGCGUAUGAAUGGUUACGCGUCUGGGAACCAGAGUAACGUGAGUCAAAACUUCCGCGAGGAUAAGGGCAACGCGCAUCCGAACCCGAAUUUCCAACGUCAGGACUGGCUCAGAGCGCAGCUGAAACGAACGCCGAGAACGAAGCUCGAGGAGCAGGAACAGCGGAAGGAGAGAUUCGAGGACAAGGAUAUAUACCGGAGAGAUUUCAUGCGGCAGGAUUCGAUGAAGGAAAACGUCGAGAACUGCAAGGACAUGUUCAGGUCACAGAUGGAUCUUGCGCAGGAGAUGCGGGUCGAGUAUGACAGGCUGUCGCAGCAGGAAGCCUGCACCGAGCGAGUAUCGAUACACGACUCUGAGCAGGAUCUGAACAGCCGUGACUCACCCCUGUCCGCCGACCGGUACGACUUCAAGAAGGACCAUUUUGCCGAUUUCAAAAAGGUCAAGUCCGAGGCGUACAUAAACAGAGAGUCGCCGGUGUCUCAGAACGGCAGUUAUCACUCCGGGAGCGACUUGUACGAGUUCAAGAAAGUUAAAAGCGAGAUAUACGUGAAUAAAGAGUCUCGGAGCGAGCACUAUGAGUACAAUAAAUCUGAGAACAAUAUAUACGGCAACAGGGAGACGAUAAACGACAUUUACACCGCCAGAGAGCAGGGUGAUCUUUACUCCUUCAAGCAGGCCGAAGCCAUCGACAUUUACGGGGAUGAGGACGACGGCGAGCGCACUUGGCCCGAUACUCCGCCGCCGCUACCUCCGAGACUCAGGCAUCUGCCACCGGUGCAUAUGAGCCUCGAUGACAGGCACAAAAUCGCCAGCAGGUCCAGGUCUCUGCCUCCCCCGCCCCCCUACCGACCCCCGCCGCAGCCCCGUGCCCCAAUCACGACGAGACAUCUUGGAUACCCGAGAUCCAUUGUGGAUGACGAGAGCUACGUUUAGGGGUCUUCGUUGUAUAUACCUAUAGUUUAGCGCGAUGAACGCGUGAUGACAUUUUUAUGCGAAUGAUCAAACUUGCGCCUCAGAUGUAAUAUUGCCGUCGUCAAAGUCCAAUUCGUGCAGGGAACUGAUCUAUAUAAUUGUUGUAUUAUGUUGGUCGUUUUUCAAGCCGCGGUAUGAAAUCAAAAAUUAGUCAUUCGAUUAUCUCUGUUUGUAACAUUGAUUUUUCAAGCCUGGUUAUCGGGUGUCUGCAAUCAAUGUUCUCACCCACGAGGUGGUUUUUCGAGUUUCUUCAUGUAUAAAUACUAUACGUUACAUAUACACGACUUCGGCCUUGGACUGUUUGAACUAAGAAGGUCAUUGUUUAAGGUUGAUGAUAAGGAACCAGGCGGAGUAUAUAUUUUACUAUAGAUACUACAUAUGUAGUUAUCUGGCGGAUUAACGUUUUAUAAAUACAUACAAUACACAUACACACACACACACAUAUGUAUCACACUCGAAACAGUUAAGUUUGUUCAGAUUUGAUUGUCGAAAUAUGUGGUCCUGCAGUGCGAUGGUUCACCUAGUCUAAACUCAGAAAACGUCCGAAAGGAUAUUUAGAAAGAAAAGUACUGAAUAUAUACUUCGAUGUAAGUCUAGAUCACAAUAUAACAAAUAGGCAUAGACAUAUUUUUCACCUAUUGCGGGAUCUGCCCUCAAUGAUAAUAAUAAUAAUUAUUACUAUAAAAAUAAAAAUUAUUAUUAUUAUUAUUUUAACUAUUAAUAUUAUUAUUGUUAAAUGAAUAAGAAUGCUCCAAAACUAUAAUGUUAUGUACACAUGUGUCUUUUAUAUAUUUAGAGAAUAUUGUAUUCAGAUUGUUGAUAUAUGUAGUGUACGCGAUAAAUCACAGCUUUUUAUACUGACAAUGAGUUCCAGGGUGCUUCCAACCUUAACAUACUUAUUAUUACAGGUAAGAUACUCGUAUAUAUGAAAAUUAUAAUUAAGCUUAAGUUAAAGAUAUACUGACAAGACUCGAAACGAGGUAAUAUACGAUUUUUAUUUUAAAAUAUAAGUUAUGUGUUUAUAUAUUCUUUUAGGUGAUCAAGCCCGAAGUAAUGUAAUGACAGAGAGUUAUGACAGGUAUAGAUGAAUAUCAAACAAAUUUUUAACAUUGUUAAUUCUCACUUUUUUACUUCUCGUGACACAGGAUUACCAGUGGUCUAAUUAUUUUCAUAUAUUUUUGUUCGUCUAAUGAAAAUAUGUAUUCGUUAAAACUUAUUAAAUUAAGGAUUUUCCCGUAAAUUUCGGCUUUCUUCAUUAAAGAAUACGAACACACGCACAGUACGGUGUCAUAGAAAAAGUUCACACUGCUGUAUUUCUAUUAUUAUUUAUUCCUUUACAAUCACCCAAGUCUGAUGUCUCCAGUUGCAAAACCAAGCCUUUCGGAAAAUAGAUUUCAGCAAGCUCAUUUUUAUUGAAACAGUUUUUUUUGGAAAUGAAACGAUAUUCUAAAAGUUUAUUCGUGAAAGAUACAGAUCUACAAAUCUACUCUAACGACGCAUAAAUUCGACAACCAUUUUCCUCAAAUUUUCAUCAAAAAUUACCUCUACUACUCUAUUUCAGAGAGUCAUGUUCAUACACCGAAGAUGCGUUCAAUUGAAACGAAAAAGGAGUUAUGCAAUUUAGACACCGUAUAGAUAUACAUAUAUAUUAUGGGCAGCCACUCAAAUAUUUAUUCGUCAUCUUGCUUUCGUUUUUCGACCGUGCGGAAAAAAUUCAAUUAUGACCAGUCUUGUCUACACAUACAAUAAACAUGACAGUAAUUAUUAUCAAUUAGUUACAUGAGACAAUAGGUCUUUAUAUUUAACACAUUUAGAAUGCUGCUUUGUACAUGGGACGAAGUUAUGUGCGAAUAAUCUUAAAAAUAUACAUUACAGUUUUAUGUGAAUUAAAUAUAAAGGAUUAUUUUCCGAUUUUUCGUUUGUAAAUAAUAUACGUUAUUAUACAUAUAAUACUACUGUAUAAUUUUAUAUAAUUGCUAAAUUUAUAAACAUUCACACCGAUGAAUAUGGACAACGCCGAUUGAAUAUGUAUAUGUAUACUCCUUACCUAGCUAAAUUAUACGACAUAUUAUCAAAGUAAA